AUGACUGCUCCCGGCUACACCAUUCGUCCAGUCGAACUCUCCGACAUCCCUGCACUGGGGGACCUUCUGUACACCUCCAAGCUGGCCCUAACCAUCAACCGCCUGUUGUUCAAAAGCUGGCCGAAUGAAGCUGCCCAACGGCAAAACUACCUCAACGCUGUGGAAGGCAUCGAGGUGGAUUCUCCCGAAUCUCGGACUGUAGUUGACAACGUCUCGGGCGAAGUCAUCGGCCAUCUCGCCCUUAACCGCCGCCGACCGGUAGAGGAUUCCAAACAGCCCCGAGGGGGGAUCAAAAGGCAGGAUCUCCCUGACUUCUUUACUCCUGAAGUCGUGACAGCGGUGCUGGAAGCAGUCGCCAAGAUCAACCAAGAAUCCCUUCAGAAGAUGGCUAACAUGCUUCUGUCUCUAUCAGAGAUUACGUACAUCGUUGUCAAGUCCGAGUAUCGUCAUCGUGGCGUUGGAAAGGACUUGAUGGACUAUGUCUUCGACAAGGCCCGGUCUGCGGACGUGGCUGUUGCCGUUAGCGCCGAGCCGCAGAUCUAUGAGUUUUUCAAAAAGUGUGGCUUCCAUGAUACGAAGCAUGUGGAUUUUGAUCUUGCUCAAUGGGCCCCACCACACUCGGGCUUUGGGAAUUUCAGGUUGGCCGGGUUAAUAUGGCACCCUUGA